AUGACUCAAUCAAAGACAAACGUCCUUAUUGUUGGUGCGACCGGAUACAUUGGUGGCUCUGUACUCGCUGAAAUUUUGGGGUCUCAGGACGCUCAGAAUUUAUGCGUCUCGGCUUUGAUUCGUCGACCAGAGCAAGGAGCCAGACUCGAAAAGCUGGGUGUGAAGCCCAUCGAAUUUCAAGGCUUGGACGACUUGGAAACUUGCAGAGAGGCUGCAUCUCUCAUCCCAACGAUGACUUCCGGCACUUCCAUCCUCGGUGAUCAUCCAUAUACCGGCAAUCCGAAUCCUCAAAAGAUAUGGUCUGACAUCAACGACGACAUUUUCCAUAUGGAAAUGUAUCAUCCUGAAAGAUACGGACAGCGGGUCACAGAUAUCGCAGUCGUUGAGACGGGACAGGCCCUUGGAGUGAAAACCUAUAUUGUCGUGCCGCCGACGAUCUAUGGCAAGGGUAGUGGACCAUUUGCGACUCUAAGCCAACAAGUGCCGAACCUUGCACGCUUCGCUCGGAAGCUGGGAGUAUCGCCUGUGAUUGAAGGUGGUCAAGGGACUUGGAACCACGUCCAUAUAUCAGAUCUUUCACGGCUUUAUCUCCAACUAUUCCGAGCUAUUCAAGAACAACCCACUUGGCUACCAAGCGGCCCAAGGGCGAUAUUCUUCGCUGAAAGUGGCGAACACACUUGGCUCCAAGUCAGUCAAGGUAUUGCGGGUGCUUUAAAAAGGCACAACCUUUUGGCGACUGCUGAAGUGAAACAAGUCAGCCUGCAAGAGGCCGCGGAUUAUAUCACUGGAGGAGACGUCAAUUUUGUGGAGAUCACCCUCGCGUCGAAAAAAAUUCACAGUGCUCGUGCUCGUGCCGACUUUGCUCGCGAGCGGCUCGGCUGGUCUCCAAGCCAUGGAGAUGAAGAAUUUUUGAAUCACUUUGAAGCUGAAUUAGACAGCAUGUUGGAGGAGCUUGCUACUGCUUGA